GUGCAACGAUAAUCCAUUCACGAUUAGCAAUGAGGAAAACAUUUCUUUUAUAGCACUCAAAUCUUUCUGAAAUAUCGCUGUUAAGCAGCCAUUAUGGCAAUCUGCGCGUACUUCCAGCGCGGUAACUGCAGGUUCGGAAAGGAUUGCCGCAACGAACAUCCAGGAGCCCAAAACUCUAGUAGUGGCCCAUUUGGAGGUUCAAAUACGAAUCGAUUCGGUGCUUUUGCCAAUGGCGGAGGCGGCGGCAGCGGCGAUCGUUAUCGACCUGGCCAGCAAUCGGGUGGACGAAAUAACAACAGUCCUAAAUUCGGCCUAACCAAGGAUGAUAUACAGGCAGAUCUUUCUAGCCAACGUCCGAUUUACCCACUGUCCUGCUUCGGUCCAGGUCGAGAAGCUCCACGCCAAUUGAUCGAAGGACCUGUAGAGCUGAGCCCAGAAGAGUUGAGACAUCGUUACUAUUCUCUUCGAGCUUCGGGGAAUGAAAAUGGAGCUCAACAAGAGGAGACAAAUCUGCAUGGUCAGAUGCAGAAGCAAGUAGAAAGUGUUCUCAAAGAUCUUGACGGAGCUAUCAAAUACAUCGAAGAUGGCGAGGAUGUCCAUCCAAAUAGAAUCGAUAUUGCACAGGGUAAAGUCCCUGUUGGUGAUCAAAAGCCCAGCGCUUCUGCUUUUGGAGGUGCAUCACAACCCUCAUCGACGUUUGGGCAGCCGUCGAACUCGGGAUUUGCACAGCCAAAGCUGAGCGGAUUUGGACAGGCCAGCACUUUAGGCGCCGGUAGUGGUGCAUUCGGAAAACCCACUGCCCUUGGAGGAACGACGAGUGCCUUCGGGCAGCCGUCAACCAUGGGCUCAGGUUCAGCCUUUGGGCAAGCAUCAUCGCUUGGAACAUCUGGAUCGGCCUUCGGCAACCCUUCAGCAAUUGGAGGCGCAUCUCCAUUUGGCCAACCCAGCGCCUUGGGCCAAAAGCCUGCCUUUGGACAAUCCACAGCCCCUGGGUCUACCUCUGCCUUUGGACAAUCAAACACUCUGGGCCAGAACUCUGCCUUCGGAAAACCGUCGCCGUUCGGGCAACCUUCGCAACCUGGCGCAAGUGCUUUUGGCAAACCCUCGCAACCUGGCGCAAGUGCCUUCGGACAACCGUCACAGCCUGGAGCAAGCCCAUUCGGCCAGGCGGCACAGACAGGCCCAAAUGCCUUUGGUCAACCCUCGCAACCUGGAACGAAUGCAUUUGGCCAGCCAUCUCAGUCAGGUGGAAGUGCAUUUGGGAAGCCAUCCCAACCAGGAACCAGCGCUUUUGGCCAGCCAUCUCAAGCUGGCACGAGUGCUUUUGGCAAACCCUCUCAACCUGGCGCAAGUGCCUUCGGACAACCGUCCCAGCCUGGAGCUAACGCAUUUGGACAACCCUCACAACCUACCGGUGCGUUUGGAAAGCCUUCACAACCUGGUGUCAGCGCAUUUGGACAGCCUUCACAACCUACUACAGGUGCAUUUGGAAAACCAUCUCCUUUCGGACAACAAACUACGGGUGCAUCUCCUUUUAGCCAGCAGUCGCAACAGACCCAGCCAGCAAAUCCAUCACCUUUUGGGCAACAAAAUCAACCAACUCCUGCAGCCGCCUCGCCGUUCGGCCAGCAACAGGCGAAGCCGAACCCGUUCAGCACGUCAAACCCAACAACCGCUACACCAGCUGCGAGCGGACUUUUCGCAAAACCACAAGACUCGUCUACAGCAAGUCCAUCACCAUUGGGCCUUAAUGCACAGACUGCUCCUGCACCAUCCGGCCCAAUAGAUGCCAAAGAUAGAUACAAAGAGGGUAGGGCAGAGGAAUAUGCUGGUGCAUAUGGGCAACAGCUAGAGGAGAUUUACAAGCGGGUCACUCAAAUGGGAAGUUUCAAUGAUGAUGAGGAAGCACCGAUGACGCCUCCUAAAUGCGAAUGGAUCGUUCCGGUGGCAGCGUUAUAAGAUCGCACCCGCAAACGAAUAUUGCGAGGGAAGGAAAUCUGCGAAAUUGAAGACUCAGUUCAAUCAGGAGUUAACGGUGGAAUGAUUAUGGUUUUUUUUUUUGGAAAUUGGUAAGAGUGCAAAACAGCAUGGCUUACUAGCGGAAAGGAAAUUUGUGGCAGGCUUUUAUUCGCCGUUUAAAUUAUGUACAUGCUAUGUAGUCUCCAGCCAAACGAGCAUCGACUUAUUGAUUGGCAAUUGAUAGAAACGAAAGAUAUUUUUGUUGAACGAUCACAAAUGCGAAAGCGUUCAUGACAUAUCACCAGAUGAACAGGCAUUCGAUUUAAAUCGUCAGUCAUUAUUCGUGAAUCCGAUAUACAACUAAUUACCUGGCCCAGUAAAGUUC